UCCGUGGCAACGGGAUUCCCGGCCUAACGCGGAGCGCUUCCAAGGCCAUGGCGGCGGCGGCGUCUUCUGCGCCUUCGUCUGGAAGCGCCGGCGACGGUACUCGAGCCACGUCCAAAUGGCUGGAUGCCCACUACGAUCCAGUAGCCAAUUUGCACACCUUCUCCUCUUGUGUCACUCUGGCUGACCUGCAUGGGGAUGGAGACUAUAAGCUAGUGGUGGGCAAUUUCGGCUCUACGGGGCAUGAGAUGAAGCUGAAGGUGUACCAGGGAACAAGCCUCUUGAGUGAAAACACCCUGCCAGACUUACCCACUAGUGUGGUUUCGUUUCUGAUGGAGCAACAUGAGCCUCGUAUGCCAGCCUUGGCGGUGGCUUCCGGUCCGUAUAUCUACGUGUACAAGAAUCUGCGUCCCUAUUUCAAAUUUACACUGCCGCCGAUGGAACCCAAUCCCAUGGAGAAGGUGGUCUGGGAACAGGCAAAGGAGGACAAGGUUGAUCUUCUGUCAAUGAAAGAGAUGCUGGAGGCAAUCCGAGAAAAUGCAGAAAUGCCUUUAUCAGUGCAGUCUUUGAGGUUCCUGACCCUUGACCCCCCUGAGAUGGACUCCUUUGUGAACCAGCAUAAGUCACAGCCCAUCAAACGUCAGACAGUGAUGACCUGCAUGGCCACUCUGAAGAAGAACAGGGUGGAUGAAGAUGCUAUUAGCUGCUUGGUGAUCGGGACAGAGAACAUGGAAAUCCUCAUCUUGGACCCUGAGGCCUUCACCAUCUUGUCAAAGGUGACCAUACCAAGUGUGCCCACCUUCCUGGAUGUUGCAGGCCAAUUUGACGUGGAAUACCGUCUCACCGUGGCCUGUCGGAAUGGAAGCAUUUAUAUCCUCCGCAGAGACUCCAAGCGGCCCAAAUACUGCAUCGAGCUAAGUGCCCAGGCUGUGGGUUUGGUUCGAAUCCAGAAGAACAUCAUAGUGGCUUGCUCAGAUGAGACUCUGCGGGGCUACACCCAGAAGGGAAAGAAACUCUGGGGAGUUACAUUGCCAGCUACCCCCAUCACGCUGGGCAUCAUGGAUGAGAAAUUCCAAAGUUUCCAGGCUGUGCUGGUGGCUCUGGCCAAUUUGGAAGUUCACAUCUACCGGGACAAGAAUCUUGUUAAUGUUAUCCAGGUGCCGGAUAUCGUCACCAGCAUCUCUUUUGGCCACUACGGACGAGAGGAUAAUACCCUCAUCAUGACAACCAAAGGUGGGGGCCUGAUCAUCAAGAUCUUGAAACGCACCAGCACCUUCCAUAAGGGGGACACAGCUGUUGGCGUUCCUGUCGCCCAGAGCAUCAAACUCAGCGUGCCCAAGAAAACAAAACUCUAUGUGGACCAGACCCUGCGGGAGCGGGAAAGCGGAGUGGCGAUGCACCAGGUCUUUCAGACAGACCUCAGCCGCAUCCGUCUCAUGGCGGCCCGUGCCUACGUCCGGGCGCUCGAGUGCAGCAUGACCCCCGUCUCGGAGUCCCUGCAGGAACCACUCAAGUUGAACGCCGUGGUGCAGGGCAUGGGCCCUACCUUCAAACUGUGUCUUAACCUCCAGAACAUGUCUGAGAACCGCGCAGUGGCAAACCUUCUCAUCUGCUUCGUUUAUGAUGAAAACCGUUAUUCCAUCGAACGCCCUUUCUUUAAGGCUCCAAUGUUGAUCCCAGGACUGAAUUAUCCUUUGGCCACCUUUGUUGAGUGUCUCGGCGACCAAGGGAUCUCGGAUAUUAUUAAGGUGUUUGUGCUGAGUGAAGGCAACAGCCGGCCACUGCUCACAGCCCACAUUAGCAUGCCCGUUAGCGAAGGCUUGGCAGCUGCGUGAACCACCUCCAAGGGAGGACCUGAGUACUCUUGACUGCCUCGGCACAGCGCCCGGGAACUGGGGACAGGAAUCCCAACCCUGGGACGAGUAGUUUCUUCCCCAAACGUGAGAAGGACAUUCCCAUCUCCUGCUAAGGAGCAACCCACAUCCUGAGACAGCCACCGGAUCAGCCAGGUUAGAAUUAGCAGGCUUGGAGCUACCAAAUAGCGGUGCAGUGUUGGGAGGCCGGAACAGCCCAAUAAAUUGUAUUUAUUCUCCA